AUGCCUUCUUCACCCGACUAUCUUCAUCCCUUGCGAACAGACGACCCCGAUGACUUCGACGGAUCCGAUGACGACUUGGACCUUGAGGAGCUGGACCCCAACACAGCGCCAACACAGACAGAUCGAGUCUCUCGAGACUAUGCGAGUCGCUCACGAAACUAUGGACCAGGAAUAGCACUGAGAAAUCUGCGAGUGGGCGUGGGUAGUCGUUGGCGGCGAAGUGCGUCUGGUCAUAGGGACCUGGAGGAAGAUACAGCUGCGCUGUUGGAAGAACGGGGUGAGGAUGGGAUUCGCCAGUCAAAUGGGAGCUCUCGAAACAUGACGGAUGCUGAUGCGCCGCUGCUGGAUCGGCGGGGCUCUAUCCGUAUGUUCAAUGACGAGGAACAAUUUGAAAGGAGCCGGCUACGGCUGCCUAGUUUCAAAGGCCUAGGAUUUCUACAAAAUAUGUUGGAUCGGCUACGAGGAAACGAUACCGACAACGAAAACGCGCCUCCCCGAGGAGUUCUUGUCGUCCACCAAAUACCCCCUAACAUCGUCUCCAACGCCAAAUACACACCAUGGAGCUUUCUGCCGCGAACCUUGUACAACGAGUUCUCCUUCUUUUUCAACAUAUACUUCCUUCUUGUGGCACUUUCACAAGUUCUUCCCAUGUUGCGAAUCGGCUACAUGUCAUCAUAUAUUGCACCUUUGGCCUUUGUGGUUUCUAUCUCGUUAGGCAAAGAAGCACUGGACGACAUCGGGCGACGACGACGGGAUGCUGAAGCAAAUGCGGAAGAAUUUACAGUUGUCUCCCUCGAGAGAAAUGCCAUGGACAUGAUCAAGAAAUCGCGUGACUUGAAGGUAGGGGACGUCCUUAAGGUUCGAAAGAACCAACGCCUGCCUGCGGAUGUGGUAAUCCUUAAGAGCGUUUCGAAUGACUCGGGCCCAUCUCGCCAACACUCGUUAGAAGGACCUGCCGCUGGAGCAUCUGCCGAUCUGCUUGACGCGGACCACGAGGCCUCGGGGCCGGCCGCCGAUGCCACAUCCAACCUUGUUGAGGCUUCGUCCGCCAGUGACACAUUCAUCCGGACCGAUCAGCUAGACGGCGAAACUGACUGGAAAUUGCGUGUUCCUUCUGCAUUGUCUCAAUCACUCUCGUUCAACGACUUCACUCGACUAAAGAUUACUGCGAGUCCUCCUGACCAGAGAGUCAACGAAUUUGUGGGCACGAUCGAACUUGGACCCCCAACUGGCUUUUACGACGCUCAUGUGGACAAAUCAUCCAGUCAAUUGCCAAAUGAUCCAGCUCAAGAUGAUGAUAGCCAGAGGUCUAACUCAGCACCCUUGAGUAUCGACAACACUGCGUGGGCUAAUACAGUUCUGGCAUCUAACACAAUCACAUAUGCUGCUAUCAUCUACACCGGAUCUCAAACACGCGCUGCUCUUUCCACUUCCCCUUCGCGAUCCAAGGUAGGCCUGUUGGAAUACGAGAUUAAUAACCUCACCAAAAUUCUGUGCAUUCUUACUCUUGCCCUCUCCAUCGUUUUGGUAGCGUUUGAAGGGUUUGAGCCAACGAAUGACAAGGUGUGGUAUGUUGCUAUAAUGAUCUACUUGAUUCUCUUCUCAACCAUUAUUCCGAUGAGUCUUCGAGUCAACCUGGACAUGGCCAAGUCUGUUUACGGCCGAUUCAUAGAGCGUGAUAAGGAUAUUCCAGGCACUGUUGUUCGGACCAGUACAAUUCCGGAGGAUUUGGGGAGAAUAGAGUACUUGCUCUCUGACAAGACAGGGACUCUGACCCAGAAUGAGAUGGAAUUGAAGAAGAUCCACGUUGGUACUGUAUCCUAUGCCAAUGAGGCAAUGGAUGAGGUUGCAUCUUUCAUCCGCCAAGGCUUUGCCGGUAACGCUUUGACGACUCCUUCGACUGUGUUUGGAAACCAGGCUGGCCAAGGAGCUGCACCUCGUACACGACGAGAAAUUGGCUCUCGAGUCCGAGAUCUCAUUUUGGCCCUUGCUCUCUGUCACAACGUCACACCGACCACCGAGGAAGAAGAUGGUCAAAAAGUGACAAGCUAUCAAGCAUCAUCACCGGAUGAAAUCGCAAUUGUCCGAUACACCGAAGAGGUUGGACUGAAGCUAUCCUACCGUGACCGACAAAAUGUUGUUCUCGAAUCCACAGACUCCAAGCAAGUGGUGGUUCGUGUUCGCAUCAUGGACAUAUUCCCUUUCACAUCUGAUAGCAAACGAAUGGGCAUCAUUGUGCAAUUCGAGCAGGGUGAAAAAAUAUCCGAAACAGAGAGCAUAUCGGACCCGGAGAUUUGGUUUUAUCAAAAGGGUGCAGACACUGUCAUGUCAUCAAUUGUUGCGACGAAUGACUGGCUUGAUGAGGAGACUGCAAAUAUGGCGCGUGAAGGUCUUCGAACCCUGGUUAUCGGACGCAAGCGUCUCUCGCUUCAACAGUACCAGGACUUCUCCGCCAAGUAUAAGCAGGCAUCUAUGUCCUUUCAAGACCGUGACGCUGGCUUGGCCAAGGUUGUCGGUGAAUACCUGGAACGGGAUCUGGAACUGCUUGGUGUGACUGGUGUCGAAGAUCGCUUACAACGUGAUGUUAAGUCUUCCUUGGAGUUGAUGCGCAAUGCAGGCAUCAAAAUUUGGAUGUUGACCGGCGACAAGGUUGAGACGGCACGAUGUGUUGCCAUUUCUGCCAAGCUGGUAUCCCGGGGUCAGUACAUCCAUACUGUUUCGAAAGUGACAGACAAGUCUGCCGCCCAAGAAGCACUUGAUUUCUUACGCAACAAAACCGACUGUUGCUUGCUGAUCGACGGUGAAUCGUUGACGUUGAUGCUUGGUCCUUUCCGCACUGCAUUCAUUUCUGUUGCAGUGCUUCUUCCUGCAGUAAUCGCAUGUCGAUGCUCACCGACACAGAAAGCCGAGGUCGCCAACUUGAUCCGUCAGCACACCAAGAAGCGUGUUUGCUGUAUUGGCGACGGAGGUAACGAUGUGUCCAUGAUCCAAGCUGCCGAUGUUGGAAUUGGUAUUGUGGGCAAAGAAGGUCGUCAGGCGUCUUUGGCUGCCGACUUCAGUAUCACGCAGUUCCAUCACUUGACCAAGUUGUUAGUUUGGCAUGGCCGAAAUUCAUACAAGCGGUCCGCAAAAUUAGCACAAUUCAUCAUGCAUCGUGGUUUGAUCAUCAGCGUAUGUCAAACAAUGUAUAGCAUUGCGGGACAUUUCGAUCCCAAGGGUUUAUUCAUUGAUUGGCUCAUGAUCGGCUACGCCACUGUCUACACCAACGCACCUGUUUUCUCACUUGUCUUUGAUCGAGACGUGGAUGAGCGGCUUGCCAAUCUUUACCCAGAGCUAUAUAAGGAGCUGAAGACCGGCAAGAGCUUAAGCUAUCGUUCGUUCUUCACCUGGGUCCUUAUCUCGGUCUACCAGGGAGCUGUCAUCCAAGGCCUGUCCCAGAUAUUAUUGGACACCAUCACAGGUCCUCGUCUGAUCAGUAUCUCCUUUACAGCCUUGGUACUUAACGAACUGGGCAUGGUGGCAAUUGCCAUCACUACUUGGCACCCACUCAUGAUCAUAUCCCUACUAGGCACACUGCUCCUGUACGCAGGCAGCGUUCCUUUCCUUGGGGACUACUUCAAUCUCAGCUAUGUCAUUACCCUCGACUGGCUUUGGCGUGUUGUUGCCGUGCUAGCCGUUUCAUUGGUACCUGUAUGGGCUGGCAAACUCAUCAAGCAGUCUGUGAAGCCCCCUAGCUACCGCAAGGUGCGUGGCUGA